UAAUGCGCUGUCGUUUUGUAAACAAACAGACAAAUGUCUUCGUGUUCAACAUAACCUAAACUUUUUAACACAUUUAGUUUACAUUUUGUUUUGACGAGCAGUUUUUUCGACAUAAACUUCCUUACGUCUCUGAGUAUAAAAGAAGUUCAGAUUUGGUCACUCGAUAGUUUUGUUUCUUAAUUUCAUCUUCUAAUAUGACUAAGACGAAGUCCAAAGGUGGUGGCAAACUUUUCCAGGGUAAAGAAAAUUUCCAGCGAAUGAAUUUCUUAUAUCAGGCUGCUCAUGUCGUGGCCCAAUGCAACAUAAACGGUGACUUAGCUGCGUACUAUGGGAACUCUAUGUUGUCAACAGCCCAGAAAUCAGUUCUUAAAAUUGAGCCUGAUGUUAAGAGAGAUUUGUGUAAAGGGUGUGGCAACUUACUAAAACCAGGCUUUAGUGCUAAAGUUCGUUUACGAUCUGAAAAUCUCAUAUGGACCUGCCUACUGUGUGGUACUAUUAAGAGGUACCCAACCAAACGAGGAUAUAAGUUAUGGAUUGAACAGAAGGAGGCUUGCCUUGACAUGAUAGAGAUUUCAAACAGUUCUGAAGAGGUGAAAGAGAGGGAAGUCAAAGUAACAGGUUCUGCAAUGUCUGAUUCCCAGAUUAAACAACAAAAAGAAGAGAGUAAAAAACCUAGUGAUAUAACAAUAGGCAAUAGAUAACUACAGUAAUUAACAAUGCAUCUCAAUAAUAUUAAUAUUUAUUAUAUGUUUAUCAAAACUUUUAUCACAAUUUUGAAGACCAUGAACAAUAUUGUGUUGGAAGUAACAGUUAAAUGUAAAAUAGUUGCAACAAUUAACAUUGUAAUAAAGUGAUCUAUACUGCAUUAUAACCAGUUUAUACCCUGGAAUAAGGAGACAAUAUUUUUGUUUAAAAGCUUUUGCAAAAUGCACAAAUUC